AUGGCGAGACCACUCGACGCCUCGUCGCCUUUGGCUGCUCCGGGCGUUGCAUGGCUCACCUUUGCGAUCCAACUCCAUCUCUUCCUCCUUGUUGUCCUCUUCGUUUGCUGCUACUUGAUGGUGGCCAUUGUCUUGUACAUCGCCAUCGGAGCUGCACUCGGAUGGUGUAAAAGACGAGCUAAGAGGUCUGCAGCCAUGGCUUUCGCUGCCACGAUCCCGCGUGCCGUCUACGUCGUCCCUUCUUCUUCUUCUUCUCCUGCUCCGCCGCCGUCGACUUCUGUUUCCGCCGUGGUUCCCCAGACCGUCAUGGAGAGCUGCAUCAUCUGCAUGGAGGAGUUCGUGAGUGGCGAGGAGCUGUGGGUGCUGCCGCGAUGCAAGCACUGGUUCCAUGGGGAGUGCAUCAGACGAUGGUUGCUGGUACCAUCAAUGACCUGCCCCAUCUGUAGGAUGCUUAUGAUCGGGGUGGAAGUUCGUCCUGGCAGAAGUCUUUUCAGCAACACCAUCAACACGCCCUUUCUCGUUCCAAUGUGUCUAAUCUUAUCGGUCAUCACCUCCCUGAUUGUGAUCAUAGCUGUACAUACAUGA